AUGGACUCAAAGGUGCACCAAAGCAUAUCAGGCAGCAGGACACAAAUGGCCUUAGCAAAAAGUACUUUGGAGUCCCAAGAAAGUAAUUUCCUUCGAACAGUUUUGUCAUCAGUUACCACUCCCUUGGAUGUGACUUUAUUUAACCCAGAAGAAACGGUGAGGAUUUCGGAAGGGAGAAGUACGCCGCUGGUAGAUGCCUCCGUAACAAGCAAUGAGGCGUUCUUAAGUGACGGUGAAUUCGUUAGCUCAUUUCCAAAGGCACAGUGGACUCCUCCCCUGAAGUCUUUUGCAGCUUUAACAGAUCAUCACUCAGUUAAUACGGUAGAGCCACCAAGAGAAAUUUUAGAAACACUGUUGCUAACCCCUUUGUUACCUGAGCUUUUUUCGCCAUAUGGUAUCUCAAAAACAGCACAGCAAAAGACUCUAAGGAGCGCUGUCCCUGAACACAGUAACGCUCUUACAGAAUUGAAGCCUUUUGUACCAGAUAGUGAAAUGCUAACUGCAAGCAAAGACUUGCCAUUGCACCCUCCAAAUACAGCUAUUUAUUUCGCUUCCAUUCCUUCAGAGGCAGGAGUUGCGGAGCAGGAAAACAUAAAUGCAAGUUUAACAGCUCUGCCUUUUGGGCCUGCUUCGGAAGGGUUGCCUCUUCAUCCUGAGCGGCUGGAUAAAAGUCGCCCUGCGUCCCCAGAUGCUACAGCACAAAGUGCAGAUCUGUAUGGUGAUGUUUACACCGACGUGAGUACCAGGGCAGCAGAAACUCUUGGUGUAAGGCCCUACCCCAGUCCAAGCAGUCCAAGCAUUCCCUGGGUCACGCCAACUUCAGCAGCCACUGCUGAGCUUGCUUUGUUCCCUACUAGUCUUCCACCGACGUCUUACCCCCUUCACUCAGCUGCCAUUCCCACAGACUCUGAUAUGGUUCUUAAUGCCAGCCUGUUUACAUCUGAAUUCUCCAGGACAACACCAAAUUUGCUUGCUAGUUCAGAAAUACCAAGUCAAUCAGAGCUUGUGAGUGAGCUCACGAGUCCAGUGCCUUUCACGAGAUCAUACAGUUCUUGUCUGUAUUGUGACUCAGUUUCACUUCUGCCAGAAGCAGGCUUUUCCCCAGAAAAUGAUGUGGGCUCAGGCGAUUAUCUUGAAACUUUGUCUAUCAAAGCCUCUGAAGUACAAGGCAUAACUCCAUUUACAACUAUAAUUGCUGACGGGUAUGAAUUAGAUGAGCCUACACCUGAUGUUUUUGAUACUACUUUUCCAUCAAGACCAGUUGUUUCAUUUUCUUCAAGAUUUGCAGAAACCCCCGAUUCAAGCACGUUUUUAUUAAGCACUGCGGACGCUGUCCUUGACACUAGAACACCUAUAACAAUUUCUCCUUCCUACUACCAGCUCCCUGGAGAACCAUCACUGAACAUUUCUGCCCAGUUUUCCCUUCCUGUUCUGGAAACAGUUUUGGUGACACCAAGCACUCACGUAGAACUUCCUCGUGCCACCACUGUCCUGCUUGACUCUCCGUUCAUCCCGAAUGAGUCGGUAGCAUCGUUUGCAGUUGGCCGUACAACUUUGCUGGAGUCACUAGAAUUAAUGCCAUCAGAAUCUGUAGUUUUGCUUGACAAGACAUCUACAAGGGAAGAACAGUCUUUAAAUAACUCAGAAUUUCCAUCCAGUCUUUUAUCAACACCAUUUCUUAUUGAACCCAGCUACUUGUCUUUAUCAUCAGCCAUGCUAAGUUCUUACUCUGUCGUGCAAGGUGAUUUAUCAACAUUCUUACCUCAGACCUUGUUGACUGGGACAUCAGUACUUUCUGAGGAUGUUUCCAGCUGGGAGUUAGGUGCUGCUGUCAGCUCUGACACUGACACCGAGGUUUCUCAGUUCCCUCUUGGCCAAACAUCACACUUUUAUUCAAAUGCCUCCUCUGUUCCAGCUGCACAUGUUCCUGAAAUAACACCGUCAUCUGAUUUUCACUCAGCGUCGUCUGUGUUUCUGGAAGUGCCCUCAGUAUCGGCAGCAAGCUCUGAAGUUGUGUUUACCUCAGCUGUUACAGGAGCUACCUCUCAGCUGGAGCCUUCAUUCUCCACCUCUCACCCUGUGGUUCCUGCCCUGGUGCUGCCCACGUCUGACACCUGGACUGUUACCAGCAGCAUCUUGCUCAGUGAAACAAGUCUGAUCUCUUUGUUUACUACCACUUCAGCAACUCCAGUCUUAAAUAUGUCUUCAUCUCUGCUCUCAACUGCUCUGGGUUCUGAUGAGGAUAUUGGUGCUACAGUUAACCCCACGCUGCUUCUAACAUCUCGCAGUGAGGGCAGUGCCCACACAGCCCUUCCUCCCACAGACCCUGACAGCCUGACGCUCCAUGCCAACACCAGCAGCGUGAUGCCCUCUCCUACAGCAUCUCUGUCAGGGACCACGUUGUUUGCUCCCACGCAGCUUCCUCCGACUUCCAGCCCUCCCACUGAAGUUCCAGCAGGAAGCAGCGUAACUGCUGGUACUGAUCCGUCAGGUGCUCCCACCACUGUCCCCACGACCACAGCCACUGGUGCCACGGGCAGCCGCGACACGACUGCUGCAGGCAGCCUGGGGACAUUCUCCUCCACCCCUUUGGCAACCACUACUCCAUCUGACCCUGGGGUCAUGACCUCUGGUGUGACCACUACGAGGCAACCCUAUGUCUGCGACAUCACGGUUCCUGAUGCUUACUUAGUCACUGCAGUGCUGGCCCGAAGAGCUGUUCUACAAAAUGUCAGUGAAUCCAUCAGAGAAGUGCUCAGAGUUCAGUUCAGGCGAUCAGUAGAGCUAGAGGUUUAUAAAAUUUCCCCCAAAUUUGCUUUCUUGGUGACAUCAGGUCCUUUUGUUUACACGGCAGUAGCUGUCAUAAAUGUCCUUGUGAACAGCAGUCUUCUUCGUGGUGAGGCCCCCCUGAUCCUCUCACUGCAUCCUUCUUUCACGGUGCCAGAUAACAGAUUCCAAGUUCAGACAGUGCUUCAGUUUGUGCCUCGGAACAUUGACGUUGGGUUCUGCAACUUUAGCCGGCGCAUUGAGAAAGGGCUGACGAUGGCGUUCAUGGAAGUGAGUAAACACCAGGAGUUCCACAACUUCACUGUGCAGAUACUGAAUAUAACUCUGAGCAGGCCUGGGAUAGCAUUUCGGCAAGGCCCUGUGAGCAUUGUUUUUGCCAUCCGAGACAGAUACGGUUUUCUAAAUGGGUCCGAAGUCAGUGAGCAGCUAAGAAACUUGUCCGUGGUGGAAUUCAGCUUCUAUCUGGGCUUUCCUGUGCUGCAGAUUGCUGAACCCUUUCAUUAUCCUAAACUUAAUGUGUCUCAGUUGAUGAAAUCUUCCUGGGUGAGAACAGUUCUCUUGGGUGUCGUCGACCAGCGAAUUCAGGAGGAGGUGUUUCGGGCUGAGAUGGAGCGGAAACUAGCUCACCUGUUAAACGAGGCUUUGGCCAGAGGGCGGAUAUGGAGACGAGCCAGUUUUGCAGGCAGCAACAUUGUGCAGAUUGUGAAUGUAUCACGGUUGGUUGGUGUUGAUAACCCUGUGGAGCUGAUCUAUUUUGUGGAGGACCAAGAUGGAGAGAGACUCAGUGCACUGAAGUGCUCAGACCUGAUGAACAGAGUUGAUAUCCAGCGGGCUGCAAUCAUCCUUGGAUACCGCAUUGAAGGCACCGUUGCACAGCCUCUGGAGAAGCUGAAGGAGUCUGCUUCAGAGUCACAGAACAGCAACCUCUGGAUUAUUGUUGGCGUGGCAGUCCCCGUUGCUGUGGUGCUCCUGAUCGUUAUUAUUUUAUACUGGAAACUUUGUCGAACAGACAAACUGGAGUUUCAGCCAGACACGAUCAGCAACAUUCAGCAGCGACAGAAG